AUGAAUUUCAGAAGCAUGGAAGAGUUUUGGUCCUUCUACAUGAGCCAACACUCAAAACCAGCAACAAGGCGUUGGCACUUUGUGGGCACCCUUUGUAGUAUGUUGUGUUUGAUGUAUUCUGUGGUCUUUAACUGGUGGUUUUUGAUCUUUGUGCCUUUGUUUGGGUAUGGCUUGGCCUGGUACAGCCAUUUCUUCGUUGAAGGGAAUGUUCCUGCAACGUUUGGUCACCCUGUUUGGUCUCUUUUGUGUGAUUUCAAAAUGUUUGGGUUGAUGCUUACUGGUCAAAUGGAUAGAGAAAUCAAGAGGCUUGGCAAGAGACCUGUCUUGCAGGUCUACUGA